CAGCGCAGCAAGUCGUGUCCCCGGGCCGGUGCGCCCCGAGCCGUGGGCCCGGGGCUGGGCCAGUACCGCUCUUCCCAGUUGGUUUUCCGAAGCGGGAGGGGAAGGACAGGGAGGCCAGGACCCUCCUCCGCGCCUUUGAACUAGUCGUGAGCCCCUGGGACGCGGUGUCCGCCAGGGUCCCGCCGGGCCGCGCGCUCUCCGCGGCCCCAGCGGCGGCAUCGGGCUCUGGGUGCCCUUGACCCCGGGGAGACUGAAGUGCCACCUCGCCCCGGGCAAGGCGAGGCGGUGCUAGGCUGAGCCCGCGACAGCCGCCUCGGUCGCCCGCCUCUUAGGGCCCCUGCGUCCACGGGCUGCGAUGGCGGCGGCGGCGCUGAUGGACCCGGCAAAGUACAGGACAAGUUUGCACCAAUAUCCUGAUCUACUAUAAUAUCUGCAAGCAUUUCGAGAGGACUAGGACUGUGUGACCUUUGAGGACGUGACCAUUUACUUCUCCCAGGAGGAGUGGGGACUCCUUGAUGAGGCUCAGAGACUCCUGUACUGCGAUGUGAUGCUGGAGAACUUUGCACUGAUAGCCUCACUGGGACUUACAUCUUUCAGGUCUCAUGUAGUUGCCCAGCUGGAGAUGGGGGCAGAGCCCUGGGUGCCUGACCGAGUGGACAUGACGUCAGCCAUGGCAAGAGGGGCAUAUAGAGGGCCUGGCUCAGAUUUUUGCCAUGGAACAGAGGGUGAGGAGUCACCUGCUGAGCUUAGUGUUUCUGUAGAAGUGUCACAGGACAUGAAUCCCAAGGUGGUUCCAUCCACCCAGAAAGGCUACCCCUGUGACCUGUGUGGCCUACACCUGAAAGACAUUGUGCACCCAGCUGAACACCAGGCAACACAUCCCUGGCAGAAACCACAUGUGUGUGAGGCAUACAGGAGAGAGUUCAAGUUCAAUGGCAACCUUCACCAACCACAGAUGCAGCAGAACGUGGACAAGCCUAUCUCAAGGAACGAAGGCAGCGCCUCGCUUGUGAAGAGCUGCAGAGAUGACACAUCAAAGAAACCUUUCACACUGAGGGAGGGUGGGAAGGCCUUUGUGUCCAGAUGUGGUCAGCACCAGGUCACUCCCCGUGUAGUGGAGCCACACCACAGCUCCGAAGGCGUGGUGGAUUUUCCCACUAUGCAAUGCCGUAAGAAGUGCAUUGAAUUUCAGAACGCUCUCAGUGACAAAUCCUCACUUGUUCAGCAGAGGACCCACACUGGAGAAAGGCCUUAUGAGUGCAGCAAAUGUGGGAUAUUCUUCAGCUACGCCGCUGGCCUCUUUCAACACCAGAGAGAUCACAAUCGAGGAAAGCCUUAUGAGUGUGGUGAAUGUGGGACAUUCUUUAGCCAGCAGUCCAGUCUCAUCAAACAUCAGAGAGUUCACACUGGUGAAAGCCCUCAUGUGUGCAGCGAAUGCGGGAAAUUCUUUAGCCGAAGCUCCAAUCUUAUUCAACAUAAGAGGGUACACACUGGAGAAAAGCCUUAUGAGUGCAGUGAAUGUGGGAAAUUCUUUAGCCAACGUUCCAACCUCAUUCAUCAUAAGAGGGUUCAUACAGGUAAAAGUGCUCAUGAGUGCAGCGAGUGUGGGAAAUCCUUCAACUGCAACUCCAGCCUAAUUAAACAUUGGAGAGUUCACACUGGAGAAAAACCUUAUAAGUGCAAUGAAUGUGGAAAAUUCUUUAGCCACUUUGAUGGACUUGUUCAACAUCAGAUAGUUCACACUGGUGAACGACCCUAUGGGUGCAGCGUUUGUGGGAAAGCCUUCAGCCGAAGCUCCGACCUCAUGAAACAUCAGCGAGUUCACACUGGUGAACGGCCUUAUGAGUGCAGUGAAUGUGGGAAACUGUUUAGCCAAAGCUCCAGCCUCAAUAGCCAUCGGAGACUUCACACUGGUGAACGGCCUUAUCAGUGCCCUGAAUGCGGGAAAUUCUUUAGCCAACGCUCCAGCUUCAAUAACCAUCGGAGACUUCACACUGGUGAGCGGCCUUAUGAGUGCCUUGAAUGUGGGAAAACCUUCAGACAAAGUUCUAAUCUGAGGCAGCACCAGAAAGUUCACAAACCAGAUAAGCCAUAUAAGUGCAAUGAAUGUGAAAAGGCUUUCAGCCAAAGGUCUACCCUCAUCCGGCAUCAGAAAAUUCACACCAGAGAAAGGCGUUCAGAGAAUGUGCACCCUCCUUCUGCACGACAGCACCCACUAGAGAUUAACUCUGAGAGUGGUCUUUAUGAGGGAGCUGUCAGCCAGAAGUUGAACCUUGUUCAUCCAAAUAUCUAUGCUGGAGAGAUUCCCAAUGGAUGCUAGAUAUAUUGGAAGCUUUCUGGAGCAGGGUUGCAUUUUCUGACCACAAACUUUACCAGAGUUUUUCUCACUGCUAAUGUCUGUGGUAGAAGUCAUCUCAGUUCUACCCACUGGCAGGUCUCCAGAGUGUGCAUCAGCCACUUUCCUGUGCUCACAAAAGACAGGCCUCUGUUUCCUCGCUCCAGGAGGGAAUCAUGAGUAGCCUGAGGCCAUGGGAAGAUGUCAUUCCCUCCCCCUGUGACUGGUUUAGCUGUGGACAUGACCCAUCUUUGGCCAUGAAGACCUGAGCUGGGUCCUACUGGCAGCUUGCAGAGGUUUCCCUUUUUCAAGGACAUUUGUUUAUCUUGUAUGAUGCUCAUGAUGGAUUCAUCCAGCUUCCACCUUACCCAUCUUAACAACUAUUUACUUUACAUUGCUCUGGUUUGGGUGAUAAGAGCCUUAUUGAUAAAGCCACCUUUAAUCUUCUGUGUUCUGAUAACUGUGGAGUGGGUUGAGAACAGAAUUAAGGUCUACCAAACCAAAGGGGGUCUCCAAAUUUAUUGCCUCAGGGAAGAGCAGGAUGGCAGAGCGCAGUUUUCAGUCCAGAUUUGGCCUCGUUUGUGUUGCUACCCAAGGCAUCCUAGGGAAGCUUGUAGGGCUUUGUGGGCCUAAUGUUGUGGUCUGAAUGGCAUGAAUUUUUGUGAAUCAGAGAUUACUCUGAGGAAGGGGAGGUUGUGCAACCUCCAGUGCAUCUGGAAGCAGCCUGAGUUGGGCCCCUUGUUUACUGGGGAUGCCUCCUAUUCCUUAGCACUGUUGAGUAGACACUGUUUACCUGGCCCCUGCCAAGGAGUUAUAUGCCCUUGAUGUCUAAUGUUCCAGUAUAUGUCACCUACUGUAAGACUUACUGGGUCCAGUUGGCAAACAAGAGGGAAUGUACCUGUUCUAAAAGUGCAUCCACAAAUGUUCCCUUAAAUGUGACUGUGCAGGAUUCAGGAUUUGCAGAAGUUCUCAGGACCUCCAGACCUCUGUCCUUAUGACUAAGGUCACCGGCAAAGCAAAUUAUCUAAAGGUUUUGUGGAAUACUGCAGGCUCUCUGCAUUAUUCAUGUCAAAGCCAUUGCUGGGUUGGGAGGAAAAUGGGGACUAAGAGAAGGUAGAUCCUGUACGCCAGGGAUGAGGCAUUUGUGACGUAGCCAGCCAUCUCUGCUGCCAACACAUGAGGAGAGAGGUAGUAGAAUCAAUAUGGGGUUGCCAAAUCUUCUAGUUUUCCAAAAUGAGUAGGAGAUCAGAUUUUUAUGUGCAACAAUUUCUUUUAAUGCUUUGUUGAGAUAUAAUUUUCAUGGAAUAAUUGGCUGUGUGUAUUUAAUGUGUACACUUUGAUAAGUUUUAAAAUAUGUAUACACUCAGGGAACCAACACCACAAUUAUGAUAAUGAACUUAUCUAUCACCCACAAAGCUACCUCAUGCCCCUUUACUAUCCCUCCUUGCCUUCCCCAGGGAACCAUUACCUACAUCCCAAGGAAACCAUUGAUUUACCUUUUUUUCCACUAUAGAUGUUUGCCUUUCCUAGAAUUUUAUACGAUGGGAAUCAUAAAGUAUUUGUACUCUAUUUUUGGUCUGUUUUCUUUCAUAUAGCAUAAUCAUCUUGAGAAUCAUCCAUUCCGUGUGUAUGAGUAGUUCAUUCCUUUUACUGCUGAGUAGUGCUCUGUUGAAUGAAUACCACAGUUUUUAUGCUUUUUUUUUAAUUAAAAAAUAUCUCAUAAAAUACACAACAUAAAAUGUACUGUCUUAACCAUUGUUAGGUGCACGGUUCAGCAGUAUUAAGUACAGUCAUAUUGUGCAACUAUCACCAUUAUUCAUCUCCAGAGUUCUUUACAUUUUGCAAAACUGAAACUAUACCCAUUAAACAAUAACUCCCUAUUUCCCCCUUCCCCAAGCCCCUGAAAACCAAUAUUCUACUCUCCGUAAUGGAAUUUGACUACUCUAGUUAUCUCAUAUAAAUGGAGCUAUAUAUUGUUUUUUUGUGACUGGCUUAUUUCACUUAGCAUAAUGUCCUUAAGU